AUCCCCCAAACCCUCAAAGACUCCCUCUCACUCCGUGAACACGUCUUCGUAAACGAACAACGUGCCGUCCCGCUACAACACCACAUCGAUCGCGACGACGCUCGUUCCUGUCACUGGGUUCUCUACUCCAAUUCAACUCCCAUAGGAACCAUUCGUCUUGCUCCUCCACCGCAGUAUCCACAUCCUGAGCCAGGAGCUAGAUUCGAAGCGCCGGGUCCUAAAACCGAUCUUCAUGAUGGCGUGGAAUCGUUCGUUAAGCUUGGACGGCUUUGUUUGUUGAAGGAGUAUAGAGGGAACAGGUUGGCUGAUCUUUUGAUCCAGGAGGCGUUGGGGUGGGCGAGAAAGGAGGAAAAUAGAGAAGUGGUUGGCGGAGAGGGGAAAGAUGGGAGGGAGUGGAAGGGGUUGGUGUGUGUUCAUGCUCGAAUAGAAGCGAUGAAAACGUGGGCCAGAAAUGGAUUCGUUCUUGACAAGGGCAUGGGGACUUGGUUUGAAGCUGGGAUUCCGCAUGUUGGGAUGUUUUAUAGGUUG